CAGAUCCCAACCAACCGGCUGUAUUUGUGUCAAAUCAUAAUACUAAAGUCGACAUAUUUUGAAUUUAGAAUAAAAAUAGCAUUGGAAAAUGUUGAUUGGCUGUUAUAUGGUUGUGAGUAUUGUAUUAUUUAGUGUAAUAUGUGAUCAAACUGUCACCAAGAAGAGACAACGAAGAUAUUUACUGUUUACACCGAACACACAGUGGGGUGUCUUUGCAACAGUGUCGAUCCCCCUACAUCCUGAAUCCUACGUAAGCGUCGCCUGGUUCCUUGAAGCCAACUACUACAAUGUCGCGAAUGCCACCUACUUCGAACCUCUGCUUGGCGAUAUUGAAACGAUAUCACGAAAUAGAGAUGAUCGCAGCAUACAGGCCCCAGUAAAAGUAAUUACCCGAAGCAGCAUAUACACACUAAUUGAAUCCAUGUUGGAGAAAAAUGGGUAUCCUGGCCGGGCGUGCUUGCUGAAACUUAUCUGUGAGAAUGCCCACACUCAUUUCUUGCAUAACGGACUAAUGGGAGAUCUGAUAUACCUAGUGCUCACGCCAUCCGCAUCAAUGUCUGAAGACGACAUAGAUGACAGUUUCUACGAAGCAGAAUACUACGGCUUGGACAAUAAAUGUAGAAAAUACACCAGGGAUUGCCCGUCGAAUCUUCUCGAACGAAUUUCUUUGUAUGCUGAAUAA